AUGGACCUCACGUCUCCCCUAUCCGUCAAAAAGACGGAUCUAUGUGUGGCCCUACUCAAGCGGCAGCCAAUGAAAGCUGCACUGACGUCACAAAUGUUUCCGUCGUUGCGCUACAGUUUUACCGGUCAUUGGUCAUUGCCGUACAUACAGACAGAGGACUCGAAAGAAUCAGAAAAGGAACAUAACUACCAUCGGUCCCCUCGUGAUCAACUCGCCGAUCUUGGAGGACGUGAACACCGUCACCUCGACAAAAACGUCUGCGUGACUAUUGGCCAACAUGUACCUGGGAUGUAA